AUGGAUGGACGAUAUGGUGUAGGGAAAGGAACUGCCAGUACUUUACAAUGUAAAGGGGUCUUGGCCACUAAAUCACAGUUUUCUAACGAUGAAUCUUCUCGUAAGUUGGCUAUGGAAAGAGAGCUCGCAAGGAUUGUUGAUGAACCCUUAACACCCUUUUUAUAUGGCAAUAAUAACAGGGCAGAUGGCAUCUGGUUAACGACUAUUCAUGAUCAAAUGGCUUAUCGAUUGAUAUGGGAAAAAAAAUCAGCACCAUGGAAAGUCAAGAUUGUAAGCACGUCUUUAAAACAAGCAAUAAAGGCCCUGCAUGAUCAAAACAUUGUGUUUGCUGAUCUUCGCCGUCUGAAUAUCCUGGUGGUUGAAUCGCAGAACCAGUAUAAAGGAUAUAAAGGAUGUAAAGGAAUGCUUAUGGAAUUCGAUUGGUGUGGAACACAUAAUCUAGAUACGUACCUUCUUGAAAUGAGUGAAAUACCUUGGUCUGAUGGUGCAAGACCUGGAGCUCUCCUUAUGAAAGCACAUGACGAAUACUGGCUUGAUAUGUUAAAGGAGGAUCUGAAUUUUGGUUAG